AUGCCAUCGCGAAAGCUCCAAGACCCGAGGGAUUUAGAGAUGGAUCCAGAUUCCCCCCCGCCAAACAAGUCUCUCUCUCUCCCUGAGAGACACGCCAAGCGACGAGCGCGAGAGUGGCUGGGCGGCCUUGCUUCAACGGAGAAGAAGCAAAAGCAUGAUGUUGUCGUGUCGGCAUCGUCUUGCGAAGACGCUCCGGAGUCCAGACCGUCGGUGCCAAGAGGACAGGAGAGAGGAGCAGAGGAGACGAACUCGAGUGUUCCUCUGCCCGAACCCCGUCGAACACCUCAGGCAGUCCCAGCAGCAGCUGAGGGGUCAACUGAACAGCCCAGUCUGGGGCGUGGUGUCGAGGGUCCUUCACGAAACGGGAGGCGAAGUGCCAGCAAAGGCACUCGGAUCCAGGCGCCACGCGUCGAGUACAGCUCGCGGAUGGCCCUCCAGAAUGGCCAAUUCGAACGCCCCGUGGUGACGGUCGACGACCUGAAAGAGUUGAACGAUCCCGAAGCGCUCGCUGCGACUCUCGGGACCCAGUCUGAGCCCCUGGUACAUUACUCACCUGACGUCCGAGUUUCUCUUGGAGAAGGAGGCCGGGAACUCUUGCGAGCCUGCCUGCUCCUCAAGCAUGACGGCAGCAGUUUGACUAGCCUUCAAGGCGCUAGCGUCCAGACGCUUCUUCUUCUCGCACACCAGGCGGGCUUGUGGUGCAUCGUUCAGCGAAUUGUCGCGGAGCGCGCCACGGGCAUUUUCUCGCGUCUUCAUCUCGCCUUCAACCAGUUCAAAGCACUGCAGAUGCGACUUCGAAAGGAGCUACAUACCGAGAGCAUGCUGAUCACGAGGUCUGCAGAUGGCUCUGUGCAGCAUGUCCUUUACGAGCCACAUAAGUCUCUCCAGAUCGGCAAGGAAGGGAGAAGCAUCUUGAAAGCGAGACUUUGCCGCUAUAUUGGUCACCACCAAGAUGAAGUGGCUGCUCGGCUGGAAGCCUACGGCCUAGGAGCGCUUCCUCUAAAGCAUGCUACAGUGCCUCAGCUGCUGGCCAUCGCCUGGGUUCUGAAUCAGUGGGAUCUAGUUAUCCAAGUGGUGCGUCGCCAUGACGAUCAACGAAGACUGCGGAAGAACCUGUCUAAGUCGCCGGCCUCCAAGGACGCUGACGCCGACCCCGUGACUCUUGCGGGACCAAAACUGGGAAGCGACGAUUGCCUAUUGUCAAAUCGAGGAUCGUCGCAGACUCAUGCAGAACUCUCGGACGAGGUCGUCGCCGACCAUGGAUCGAGCGCUACAGGCGACAGCGGCGCUUCUGAUAGAGAACCUCUCGACGAUCGUCCGCCAGAAUCCUCCAGUGACAAUGCCACGGAGGCAACCCAGGCGCAAAAGCAGAGCACUGAGACGGUCUCGGUUGACCGCCUUCUCCGUAUUCUUCAAGCAGCGGAUGAUCCGUCGUGUAAGGAUGCUCCCGAAGUCGCUCGAGAAUUGCUCAAAGAGCUCCUCCGAUGUGUUAAACUCGGUUUGGUCUCCAUGCCUCCAGUCGCUAUCUACCAGAAGCUGACUGAGGCUGCGAAGUCUCUAGGCGUUAGCAGUGGUGUCCUAGACGCGGGGUAGAGUCGGCGUGUCUCUGUUGUGGAAUCAGAGUUCUUUCCGGACUGUGAGUGUUCUGACAAGGCAUUCUUUGAGAAACGAGAGACUAAGCUGGACCCAACGGAAUAAAUAGUGCUAGCAGCGAA